AGCCGCUAGCGCAGCGACCCGCCGCCGUCUCCUCCUCCUUCCGUUGCUGCCGCCGCCGUCGCCUCUUCCUCCUUCUCCUCCUCCUCUCUCCGCCACCAUUUCCCCACUCCCCGGCACCGGGGCGCUGAGCUAGACUAUGGGGACCAGGCUGGGGCUGAGCAGCGGCAGAGCGGGCGGCCCGGUCACCGUGUCCACUGCGGCGGGGAUGGGGGGGCUCGGCGGCUUGGUGGCUUUAUCUUGACAUGGCUCCUCUCCGUGCUGCUAGCAGCGCCGCCUCCUCUGCCCCUCCUGCGCCCGCCGGCUGCGGGUAGCGAGCGAGCCACGGCCCUGGUCUCUUGUCUGAGUCUCUCAGCCUCUUGCUUCAGUUAGGGGGAAAUUGGGGGAGGAGUUCCUUUUUUUCUGUUUUUUUUUUUCUUUCUUUGUAAGGAGAGGAGGGGGGAAUUUUGUUCCCCUGUCUUUAACCUGGUCCGACAAAUUUGCUAACCUCCAACCUUUAAAUCCCUGCUAAUCUAAUCAAACACCUCGGGGGGGCAAAAUGUCUGGAGAGAGAAGGAAAAUAACCUGAUAAUUGGGGAUUUGCUUUUCGGGGGUGGAAGGGUAUUUGGGAGGUUUAAAAUCACAACCUAGGCUUGUGAUUAAAAAAAAAAAACCUCGCCAAAAAAAAAAUUGCCACUGAAAUCUGUUUGGCAAGAAAAGCGGAAGCAAAACUCUCCAUGUUUUCCAAGUCGUGACCAUGAAGUGAGAGGAGGAAGCGUCGCGCUACUGUGGGUGUGCCAGGCCCCGGGCACGGGCCGCCCGCUCCAGCCUCUGCCGCCUUGCAUAGGGAGGCCCAAGGAGAAGCAGGGAGCACUGGUCAUGCACAGCCUCGGCUAGCCGAGUGCGCUGCAGGCACAGCAGCAGUAGAGAGAGAAGGAUCCCCCAGGGGUCAGCAGCCCAGGGAGCCUGUGGGGCAUCGGGGGAUGUAGAGCUCUCCUGCUGGGAAGGAGUCAGGGUUUGGGGUGUCUGUUUGGGUGUUAGUCUCUAGGUGAGAUAAUACUGUCUCUUAACCCCUGCCUGCUUCUCAUCGGUGGCUGUCAUGCUUUCUCUUCCCUUUGGCAGCAGAAGCCUCAGGGCAGUGACGUGCCCGAUGUUGAGCAGGAUGAAGUUAGAAAUGACUCUGCUGUUUUUUCUCUUUGCUUCCCUUCAAACCAGCACUGUGUUGUCUGUAGUUGAUUUUGUUCUUGUUGGCAGAGAAAUGUCAUACCUCCCAGGAUGCGCACUCCUCCUUUGCACCCUUUUCUCUGCCGUCCACCAAGUGUAAUCGUCGUGAAGGGUAAAAAGCAGCACAGCAAUAGUGGGAAUCUGAGAAUAAUAAUCAGUAGAGUCAUGAAUCUGGCUGGGGUGAAACGCAGUUUGUAAUACCAGCUUCAUUUUUUUGUAAGCAGAGCAAAAAUAACCCCCCCAUGGAUUGGGUUUGUGCCAGUUGCUUUUUAUUGUACACAUAAAUUGUGAUAAGAUUUGUUUUUUCAUUCUCGCCCACUUAUUCCUGCAGCCAAACUGUUAAAUUUUUUUUGUUGUUGUUAAAAAUUCUUAGGUUUUUUUUCUUGGUUUAUGGUCAAACCUCUUGUCCAGCCAUGGCUGGGCAACUGUUUAUUUUGUUUCUUGGCCCUUCCAAUAUGACAUUCCCAUAAAAUACUGCCUGAGGUGCGGUUUUGGGUUGCACUUGUGUUUUUAUCUAUUCAGUCAUAUUAGCAGGAAUAAAAUGACUUGUUUCUGUUGUACUUGAGUCUUAUGAAAAAGUGCCCAUAGUUUAGCGACAGUUUCCAAAGGCUUUAGUACCACCUAUAUAACAAAAUGGGGGACCCAAACUCCCGGAAGAAACAAGCUCUGAACAGACUUCGUGCUCAGCUUAGAAAGAAAAAAGAAUCUUUAGCUGACCAGUUUGACUUCAAGAUGUACAUUGCCUUUGUGUUCAAGGACAAGAAGAAAAAGUCAGCGCUUUUUGAAGUGUCUGAAGUGAUACCAGUCAUGACCAAUAAUUAUGAAGAAAAUAUUCUGAGAGGUGUGCGGGAUUCCAGCUAUUCUUUGGAAAGUUCCUUAGAGCUUCUGCAGAAGGAUGUAGUACAGCUUCAUGCACCCCGCUACCAGUCUAUGCGCAGGGAUGUGAUCGGCUGUACCCAGGAGAUGGACUUCAUUCUCUGGCCUCGUAAUGACAUUGAAAAGAUAGUCUGUCUCCUGUUUUCUCGGUGGAAGGGAUCUGAUGAACCCUUUAGGCCUGUUCAGGCCAAGUUUGAGUUUCAUCAUGGUGACUACGAAAAACAGUUUCUGCAUGUUCUGAGCCGAAAGGACAAGACUGGAAUUGUUGUCAACAACCCUACCCAGUCAGUGUUUCUCUUCGUUGACAGACAGCACUUGCAGACUCCAAAAAACAAAGCUACAAUCUUCAAGUUAUGCAGCAUCUGCCUGUACCUGCCACAGGAGCAGCUCACACACUGGACGGUUGGUACCAUAGAGGAUCACCUCCGUCCUUACAUGCCAGAGUAAGGAUUUAGAAGAAAACGGACUCAUGUUCAGAACACUAUACAUUGUGAAACUUGAUCAUCCUGGAUUUUUUUUUGUCAUUUGUAUCUCAGAACUUUAAAAUUUUAAGUUGUUUUCUGCAUGGACCUUGUGAAAGAGAGGAUGCUUUGCAUACUUCUGCACUGCAUCAGCAUCUUAUUAAAAUGUGAAAUGAAGGGACUGUACACUGAAACAAAUGUAUCUGAAAGCACAAGGUGAUCAUUUGUGGUGGUGUUCCCAUUUGUGCUGGUCAUGUCCCCUAACAUCUGUGUUAACCAUCAGUAUUGGGAGGGUGAGAAGUGAAUGUAAAUGGUUUAAAAGCCUUACAGCUUAGCUGUUAAUGAUUGUAUCAAAGAGCACUAUCAGAUUCACGUUAGUGAACAGAAAAGUGGCUAUUACAAUAGGAGGUAAAUGUGGGAAAGACUUCUCUCUUCUUUUAAAGCAAGGAAAAAAAGCAUCUCAUUUAAUGUGUAGGCAUUUCUUGCCUUUUUUUUUUCUUUUGCUGGGCCAUGUAUGAGUUUACUGGCACUUUCAUUUUGGAUCUUUCCCCAAGUUGCUGUAUAACUGUAUGAAAGUAUUCUUUUGAGUUGGAUGCAUUUAUACAGAUGAGGCAGACCUGGAGUCUGAAGUCGCUAAAGCAGCUAAAAAUAAAGUAAAAUAAUAGCUGCAGAAACAAUGUUGGUAGAGGAUUAUUUUUUCUUGAGAGUUGAGACUUGUAGACUUGCUGGUGAACUGUGCAGGAAAUACUGGUUUCUAAAACAUUUCUUAUGGAAAACCUGUUGAGGUUUUUUCUUUUGGAAUAGACAAUAUAAAACAAUGUAAGAUAGUGUUUGGAGUGUCAAAAGUUGGUUCUGACAGAACAUUAAGAUUGUGCAAUGAUAAAAGAAAGACUACUGUAUAGUUUUGAUGACAAAGAAGGUUUUGAUUAAGGGUUGAGUACUUUACUGGAGUAAAACUGUAUAAGCCUGCUCCCUUUGGAUAAAGCUAGUGCUUACCUGUUUAAAACUUGUAUUUAGCUUUUGUUUGAAAUUGGAAAAAAAAAUUGGAACUUAAAUAAAUUAGGUGAAAGACA